CUCUUUUUCUCUCUUCUCUCUUCUUCUCUUUUUGAACUAUUCAGUUUUCUAUUUUUAUUUUAUUUUAUUUAAUACUUACACUCACUCUUACACAAGCAACAAACCCAAGAAAUAAACAAUGUCAGCGACCAAAGUUUCAGACACAACCCUCGCCGUCAGUAUUCCUGAAGAAAAGCAGUCCAAGGCCAUUCCAUCAGGUACAUCCGGGGUAAAGUCAUUCUUAUCCGGCGGAUUCGGCGGCAUGUGCCUGGUACUUGCCGGGCAUCCACUUGAUCUGCUCAAGGUCAGAAUGCAAACAUCAACUGAGUACAAGAGCACCCUGGACUGCUUCCGUAAAACAUUAGCUGAAAAUGGCGUCCGUGGAAUGUACCGUGGUAUGGCUGCUCCGUUGGUUGGCGCUACCCCGGUAUUUGCUAUUUGCUUCUGGGGAUACGACAUGGGCCAGAAAAUUAUGCGCUCCGCGUAUAACUUGUCGCCGACAGACAAACUCUCAACCAACCAGAUUCUAUUUGCCGGUGGCUUCUCUGCGAUCCCCACAACGGCUGUGAUGGCACCUAUGGAGCGCAUCAAGUGCACGCUGCAGGUUGGCAGCGCCAGCGGAAGCGGCGUCGUCUACAAAGGCCCAGCAGACGCCGCCAUGGGCAUCAUCCGCACCGGCGGCAUCACCAGUUUGUUCAAAGGCACCUGCGCAACACUCCUGCGCGACGUCCCCGGAAGCGUCGCCUAUUUUGGCGCCUACGAGCUCAUUAAAAAGUCUCUGACCAACCAGAGCGCCGGCCAGGGCUCAAUCUCCCCUGUGGCUAUUGUUACCGCUGGUGGUCUUGCUGGAAUGGCCAACUGGGCUUCCCGCUUGCAGACGGCGCCCGAGGGCAGGUAUACUGGUGUGAGACAGGUGUUUGUUGAGAUGAUGCGUACGGAGGGCGCGGGCGCUUUGUUCCGCGGAAUGGGCCCGGCUAUGCUCCGUGCUUUCCCCGCUAACGCUGCUUGCUUCUUGGGCGUUGAGAUAUCGCUCCAGCUCAUGAAUAAGGCCUGGUAGCUUGGCUGAUGCUAGAUAUAUGCUUUUGUUUUGUUUUUUUAAAAAGAAAAAGAUUAAUAAAAAGAUUAAAAAAUUU